AUGGUCCAUCACAACGGCAUGGACGGGUACUACACCGGGACGAUCAAGGCCGGGCCUGCGGGGACGACGCGUAUUGUGCCGUCGCCGGCGCAUGUGCAGGCGGCGCUGGCCGGCGGCGAGACACCGUCGAGGCACGUCCAUCACUCGGGCAUUAUCAAGGCCGGUGCGCCGGGUGCGACCCGGGUCGUGCCGUCGCCGAGCAAGGAAGCAGCUGUGUCAGCAACGCCGCCGCGCGCCUCGCAGCCGUACGCCUCGGGCGUCAUCCACGCUCGCUCGCAGGGCUACAACGUCGUCACGCCACUCAAGGACAUCCAGUCGGGCGCGGCCCACGGGCCAGCCGAGCCUGCGGCCACACCGCCGCCGCCGGCCCGCCACCCCAUCCGCGCCUCAGGCGACGGCGGAUCGACGGCGUCGCCGCUGUACGACGGCGAACGCGGUGUGCCUGGCGCCAUCCCGCGCCGCUCCGGGGCGAUCUCCACCAGAGGAGACAACGGCGAGCCGGGCUCGGACGGCAUCGGCGUCCCACGCAAGACAGGCUCGGGCCGCAUUGUCGCCACUUGUCAGGGCUACACAAAGGUUGUGGCCUCGUCUGCCCAGCUCGCUGCCGAUGCUGCCGCAGGCGGCCUCGCCUCGCCGGCCCGCCCGCGCUACGUCUCGUCGCCCAUUCGCUCUGCCGGGCCGGGAGCGACCAACGCAGGCUCCAUCCUGGCUGUCCGCUCCACACCAACCUCACAGGGCCCGAUCGAGCUCGCCCGCGACCCGCCCAAGGGCUACCUUCCGCACGGUACCAUUCGCUACGUCGCCGACAAGCGUUCGCCCGUCGCCCGCUUUGUUCCCCCCGAGCAGUGGGCCAAGGAUCACCCGGACUCCGGCCAGUGCGCCGGCGCCCUGCCGCCACGUGCCGGCAAGGUCAUCCGCGCUACCUUUCCGGGCUACACCAACAUGUCCCAGUGACCUGGCCGGUCGCCUCUCGGAUGCUGGCCGAUCCAAGCGCAAGCUAUCGGAGCAUUCCGGUCUGUACGUGUCAGCUGCGGAGUCGACCAGCUUGGGUCGGUCGGUCGAAGCCGGUCGGUCGGUCAAGCGUGGAAGCGCAAGUGGCCGAGUGCGGCGCAGU